AAUAGAAGCAGGCAGCUUUACCAAGAAAGAAAAGCAAUUAAAUUACCAAUAUCCUCUUCAUUUAUAUGAAUUUCCAUUUUUACCACGCUAUUUCACGCCAUUACUUCAAAUAAGCUCACUCAUUCACACUUUCUGAAAAUCAUCCAGAAAAACGGAAAAAACAAAGACAGAAAAAGGAAAGCCAUGGAAAACGAGAGCUCAGAGACGAGAAAAAAUGCCAAGUUAGCAAUAAUCGAACUCGCCAACAUGAUAAGCGUUCCUAUGUCACUGAACGCCGUCGUUCAACUCAACGUCGCCGAUGCCAUCUGGCAAAACGGAGUUAACUCUCCGCUCUCCGCUUCCGAGAUUCUCUCCCGCAUUAACCUCUCCGGUGGCGAUCCAGACAAUCUUCAACGCAUCCUCCGUAUGCUUUCCAGUUAUAAUGUUUUCACGGAGCACCUUAGCGCCGUCGACGGCGUCACCGAGAGAAGAUACUCUUUAACGGAGAUUGGAAAAACUCUAGUCACCGACGUUAACGGCCUCUCUUACGGUGCUUACGUGCUCCAACACCACCAGGAUGCACUAAUGAGGGCAUGGCCAUUAGUACAUGAGGCAGUGCUAGAUUCAACGACUGAGCCGUUCGCGAAGGCGAAUGGCGAACCUGCUUAUGAUUACUACGGGAAGCGACCAGAAAUGAAUGAGUUGAUGCAAAAGGCAAUGUCUGGUUUAUCUGUGCCGUUUAUGAAGGCUGUGCUGAACGGCUACGAUGGAUUCCAAGGUGUAGAGAAAAUAGUUGAUGUGGGUGGAAGUGCAGGGGAUUGCCUCAAGACGAUCCUCCAAAAGUAUCCUAAUGUACGUGAAGGAAUCAACUUUGAUUUGCCUGAAGUAGUAGCCAAGGCGCCAAACAUCCCUGGUGUGACCCACGUUGGUGGUGACAUGUUUAAAUCAGUUCCAUCUGCUGAUGCCAUCUUUAUGAAGUGGAUAUUGACGACAUGGACAGACGAUGAAUGCAAGGUGAUAAUGGAGAACUGUUAUAAGGCACUUCCAGUGGGAGGGAAACUGAUAGCUUGCGAGCCAGUGCUGCCUAACCAAACAGAUGAUAGUCAUAGGACAAGAGCACUCCUAGAAGGAGACAUAUUCGUCAUGACAAUUUAUAGGGCCAAGGGUAAGCAUAGGACUGAAGAAGAGUUUAAGAAGCUGGGUCACUCGGUCGGUUUCUCUCAUUUCCGACCUUUAUAUUUCGAUCAUUUCCAUACUGUCUUAGAGUUUCAGAAAUAGUAAUUCAGCUUAGGAAAAGUUGGGGAAAAAAUAAAUAAUACUAUGAUUAUAAUUGUCUUCGAAUAAUGAAGAAAGGCAGACUGCAUUUCUCCUCA